UGGGGCGGUCGUCUCUGGAAUAAUGCACUUUAAUAGUAGAUUUAACAGUAAUAGUGCUUUUUAACUUUGAUUAAUAUACAUUUAAAAGGUAAAUCAUUAUAUCAUACUAUAUCAUUGUGACGUAUUCAUAACCUCCAACUAGAUACAACAUCAAGUAUGACUAGUAUUGCAGCAAAGACAUCAGCAAUGUUCAACAACGGCGUGACCAGCGUCGAAGUUGUGGACAGCGAUAACGAAGAUAUUGGCGUUGAAAGGAGUGGUAUUAAAAAGUUAUGGGUUCCUACAGUAAACAAAUUUCGACAAUUUUUCAAAUCGUCUCCGAAUACUAUGAUGAGUAAUAAUAAACGCCAUUGGCGCAAGCGUCAUAAUAAGGAAGACACUGAGAACGAUCAGUACUAUGACCAGGACGACGAACAAGACGAUUAUAGUGAUAAGCAGGAACUACACCAACAGGUUGAUGAUAGAAAUGGUAGUAAAAGUCAUGAUAUAGAAGAAGACGAUGAUGACGAUGAAGAGGACCAAGACGAAGAUAGACAAGUACGAAAGAAAAUGCUCAGAAAACAAAAUAAAAAAGAGGUAGAAGUAAAAAAAAAAAAAAAUACUGAAAUACGGUUAUUACUGGCUAAAUCAUCAGAUGAUGCUAAAAAGAACCCAAAAAUAAUUUCGGAAUCUACCGCUGUAGUAUCAAUAGUGGACGAAGUAGUUUGUAAAGAAAAUCUAAACACUAAUAUCAAUGAUGCCGAAAGAGAAACUUGGGAAAGGAAUGCAGAUUUUUUGCUAUCUAUUAUUGGUUUUGCAGUAGACUUGGCAAAUAUUUGGCGAUUUCCAUAUCUUUGUUACAGAAACGGCGGAGGAGCAUUUUUAAUACCGUACUUUUUAAUGUUGAUAUUUGGCGCGGUUCCCCUAUUUUACAUGGAACUCAUAUUAGGCCAAUACAAUAGACAGGGACCAAUAAGUGUGUGGAAGAAUGUAUGUCCUCUUUUUAAAGGAGUUGGAUUUUGUGCUGUGCUAGUUGCGUUUUAUGUAUCAUUUUACUAUAACGUUAUUAUUGGCUGGUCGCUGUAUUUUUUGGCAAUGAGUACAACCAGUAGCUCGGGACAGUUGCCAUGGGUGCACUGUAACAAUACCUGGAAUACAGACUUGUGCGUUGAACAGAAAGACGAUUGGGGAUCGGUCUAUAACCAAUCAUAUCAUGUUCAUAAUUACCUACCCAGAAUGCACGCAAAUGGGACUUUACUGCCGAUGUCCGAUGGUAUUUCAGCUACAGGCAGUAAUUUCAACAACCAGAGUUCACCAGCGGCUGAAUAUUUCCACCGUGGCGUGCUUGGCAUGAGCGACGGUCUCAACGAACUGGGAUAUCCAAAAUGGCAACUGGCGUUGUGCGUGUUCAUCGUGUACGUUAUGCUGUACUUGAGCUUGUUCAAAGGUGUCAAGUCGUCCGGAAUCGUCGUUUGGGGCACGGCCACGCUACCGUAUUUAGUAUUGACAAUCUUGUUGAUUAGAGGUCUCAUGUUGCCUGGUUCGCUAACCGGCAUAACCUAUUAUUUACAGCCCGAAUUGUACCGCCUUUUAGAUACACAAGUGUGGGUGGACGCAGCCGUUCAGAUAUUUUAUUCGGUAGGAGCCGGGUUUGGGGUUCACUUGUCAUACGCAUCAUACAACAAUAUAAAAAACAAUUGUUACACCGACUGCCUGAUCACAACGGCCGUCAACUGCUUCACCAGUUUCUUUUCCGGUUUUGUUAUAUUCACUUAUUUGGGUUUCAUGUCGCACAAACAACAUAAGCCCAUAAGUUCGGUAGCUACUGAGGGUCCUGGUCUGGUGUUUCAAGUUUAUCCCGAAGCUGUAGCAACGUUGCCCGGAUCAAAUAUCUGGGCCAUGUUGUUUUUCUUCAUGUCCAUCACGUUGGGCAUUGAUUCGGCGAUGGGUGGAUUAGAAUGCGUCAUUACUGGGCUGAUGGACGAAUUUAGUGGCUUCUUUAAGAACCGUAAAUGGCCACGCGAACGUUUCACGUUUGCAGUCAUAGGUAUAUCGUUUUGCGUGGCUCUGAUAAAUGUGACACCGGGUGGCAUUUAUAUGCUUCAUUUGUUGGACACGUAUGCUGCUGGUAUAUCUCUGCUGUGUUCGGCGUUAUUUGAAUGCAUAGCCGUAUCGUGGUUUUAUGGUUUGGAGAAAUUUUGCAACGACGUGGAAAGCAUGAUCGGCCACCGUCCCGGGUUAUAUUGGCGAUUAUGUUGGAAAUUCGUCAGCCCAAUGUUCAUUAUAGGUGUAGUGACUUUUGCUUUGAUUGAUCACAAACCGUUAAGCUACAAUGGUUACGUAUAUCCAGAAUGGGCUGAAUGGUUAGGCUGGACCCUAGCCUUUUCGUCAAUACUUAUGAUACCUGGUAUGGCUAUAGUGCAAAUGUGCAGAGCAAGCGGUUCGUUUAAAAAGAGAUUGGCUUAUAACAUCACGCCGUUGAAUGAGCGUGAAUCGAUGGAAAAGAAUAAAGGCGAAUGUUCCAGAUUUCGUCUAAAACACUGGCUCUAUAUAUAGUAUAACUGAUCAUUUAAAUGUAUUCAGGUUUUUUUUUUAUAUAAAUUAUAAUUAUAUCGCUUUGUGUUUCGUUAAUUAACAACACAUUUCCGCUAUUGGCUAAUAUAACGAAAAAAUAAAAAACAAAACAAAUUAGACAAUAGUUAGGUAAGUAUAAUAAUAUACAAUAAUAAUAUUUUUAACAGAAUUAUAAAUUAUACACACAGAUAUAACUCGUUUUAUAAAUCUAAUAUUAUAAUAAUUAGAUGGAACGUAUACGUACCUAUAAUAAACGUUUCGUUAAUUGGUAGACUAAUUUAAAACGAAAAAUGACUUUUGGCACUAAGUAUACGUACUUAGUAAGUAGUGUUUAAUAUUUUAUAUCAUGUACAAUUUCGCAUUUGCAACAAUAUUAUUAUGUAUCUAUUAUAUUAUUAUGUUUAUACAUUUUUCAGUAAGUUCAAUAAUGUUUUAAAUGUUGUUUUUAAUGUUUGAUAAUGGAUAUUCUAUCAUUUAUGAAACAGAAUCUUACAACAUUAUUGGGCGCUCUGUAUAUUAUAUUGUUAUGCAAAACUGCCAAGUUUGAAGUUAUAAAACGUCAUACUUAAAUUUACUAUCUAAAUGUUUAAAUUUAUCAAUAUUAU